AUGGCCGACCCGGUGACGAACUCGUCGCUUUUCAAUGGAUCCUCUGUUCCGUUUACCAGCAGUGAACUACCAACUACAAGUCCUCGAGGAAGAGAUACCAUGGAUGGCCCGGGUGAUGCUGUUUGGAUUUUAACCAGUGCUUUCAUCAUUUUCACGAUGAUUUCGGGAUUUGGACUUGUAGAAUCUGGUAUGGUCUCUAGGAAGAACGAAGCAAAUAUAAUGGUGAAAAACGCUGUUGAUGUUAUAUUUGGCGGCCUGGGGUUCUGGAUGUUCGGCUUUGCUUUCACUUUUGGAAAGGACGAAGGUGCAAAUGCAUUCUCUGGCUAUGGAAACUUUUUCACCGACGCAGAGGAGACGCGAAUGGGCGACGUGUUCGCACUUUAUUGUUUUCAAGCCUCUUUUGCCACUACCGCUACAACCAUCGUUUCAGGAGCAGUAGCGGAGAGGAUGAACUUAAAGGCUUACAUAAUAUUCGCCUUUACAAAUACCUUAACAUAUUGCUUCCCAGCCCACUGGGUAUGGGGGGACACAGGUUGGUUACGUAAGAUGGGAGUGGUCGACAUGGGUGGGGCCAGUCCAGUACAUCUUGUGGGAGGAGUCGCAGGUCUGGUCGCAACUAUCAUGCUCAAGCCCCGAGCUGGAAGAUUUAAAAGCUGUUCAGAUGCAAAUGCACCCUUGACGCACAAAAUGGGAAGUCCAACGAAUGUAUUGCUUGGAAUGUUCAUGCUAUGGUGGGGUUGGCUCGGUUUUAACUGUGGAAGCACAUUUGGGGUCAGCGGUGGAAGAUGGAAGCUUGCCUCUAGGUCUGCGGUCUGUACCAUAAAUGCUUCAUGCGGUGGUGGUGUUUUCGCUACUUUUUACAGCUACUUUAAAUGCAACAGGUUGGACAUUCCUUUCUUCAUGGUUGGAGUACUUGGUAGCCUCGUUAGUAUCACUGCCAUAUGUGGUGUUGUGAGACCAGGAGAGAGUUUAGCAAUAGGCUUCAUCGGUUCAGCAAUUUCUAUCCUUGGCUGGCAGCUUCUGAGCAAACUCAAAAUUGAUGACCCUGUAGGUGCAGUUCCUACCCAUGCAGGAGGCUCUAUAUGGGGGAUGUUAGCUGUUGGACUCUUUGUUGAAAAAGACACCCUUGAGAAUACUUUCUCCUCAACUUAUGGUGCUUUCAAAGGCGGUCAUGUGAAGAUACUUGGUGUGCAGCUUUUGGCAUGUGUGUCCAUAACAGUAUGGACCGUCAUAACAGUUUUUAUGCAGCUUUACAUCAUUGAAAAAUCUGUGGGGCUGAGAUUCCCACUUGAGGAAGAGAUCCUCGGAGCUGAUGCCUGUGAACAUGGAAUUGACCAGUCACAAGCUAGACCUGAGAACCGGGUACGCCCCGUGACAGGGUCACAGAAUAGAGUGUUCCCCAUAGGCGACGAUGGACAUAUUGGAGAAGCGGAUUCAAAUCCCCAAAAAAAUCCUUCAGCACGUAAUGGAACUUCUAAACCUGGAAGUGAUGACACUAGACUGCAAGACUGUGAAGAAUCUGCCACUGAAUCGAUAUCCGAACUAUCGUUAGAGAGCAUCCCGGGAUAUGAUAAAACGACGCACAGAAAACAACACAGUUCAUUCCAUGAAGCCGAGAAUAACUUUGAUUCCAACAGUUCCGGCAAUGUUUUUAGAAAAAGGUGGGAUAAAGUUCUCCAAUCUACGAGAAAAGUCAGCUUCUCCGAGAAAAAUGGGGAUAGAGACGUCCCUAAUGAAUUUUCCCAGCCUAAGGCGAAAGUUCCCGUGGUCAUAACCCUCACACCAGCGGAUGACAGUCGGGAAUUAAGGCUGAGUUUAAAUGACAUGAGAAAACUGACAAAGUAAAUGCUUUAAAACCUUUAUUAUCAAGAUCUAAAAAUAGUGGUAAAUUUCAUUCAAAAUCCACUCGCAAAGAUGCUGUUCUUUUAGAAUGGAGUAAUUGCUUUGCAUAUUCGAAUGCAGGUUAGAGAGUGAUCGAAAAGAAGGUGCGAAUAGAUCUUUAUUCUUUAGUUUUGGCCUAAAUAAUUUGUUGCUAUAACGAAGAUUUGUCUCAUAGAAAGGCCCCCCUUGUAAAUAAACGGUUCAAAUAUCGAUUAAUUCGUAGUGCUAAACAUAUUAACCUUUGAAUCGUCAUAAAAAGGUGACCUUUUACGUUUUGUAUAAUGUCUUGUGCAAAUAAAGUUAAGGUACGUU